GGUAACAUCCGAGGGGCAUUUACGCUUUCUCUAGCAAGAAAGUUAGUUCCUGCUCUUCCCUGGCCGUUUCCUGUAAUCGUACAGUGUUGUGAGACGGAGAAAGCCAUGUGUGUCGAAGCAAAGCUGUUUGUUUAAAUUUGAGAAGAACUGGAUGACAAAUAUUUAGCUUCCAUCUCAGUCUUUUUAAAGUUGUGCCCAUCUCCCUGUGUGGAGUGGGCAGGAUGGCGGAUCCCAUCAUGGACCUUUUUGAGGAUACACCCCUGUUCAACCUGGAUGCCCUACCAGAUGACACAUUUUCUCAGGGCUCCUCAGAUCCUGUGGAGGAGGCCCUGAAAUUGGCAUUGGGCCAGGUGGACCCACCCACCGAGCCAGAACCCACACCUGAGAUCAUGGUUGAUGCAGGCCUCAGUGUUCCUUUAGCAGCCCCAUCUCUUCCUGACGCUGCCCCCAUUCAGGUCCCCAUACAGCAGUCAGUGCCAGUAGUCACAGCUCAGACUGUUUCUGUAGCUGCAGCUUCCACUGUGGCCCCUAUUACUGUUGAUACUGUACCUCAGAUCCAAGCCCAAGCCACCAUACCAAUUGUUAGUAACGCCAGUGGGGCGACCAGUAGCACUGUACUUUUUAGUUCACCUCUGAGUGUUUCUAACCCCUCAGUCACCACCACCACAACACCUCAGCUCACACAAAUAACUCACCAGCUCACUCCACAGCAGUUAGCUGCAAUCACACAGCAGGCCGGUGGUAAAAUUGUCAUUCUCAAAGGACCCCAAGGUCAAGCCCAGGUUCUGCAGACUGUUUCAGGAGCCACCGGUCAAACUGGGGGAAAGGUCAUUCGUGUGCUGUCUGGCACUCCUCUCAAACCUGGCAUGUCCAUACUGAAGGGGGGAACAGUAUUGAAUCAGGCGAGUCCAGUCAAGGUGGGCACUGCAGGUGUGCAGAAUCUGCUACAGUCACCCAAUGGACCAGUAAAACAGGUGUUGCUUACAUCUGUGCCCCAGCACACGCAAGGCCAGCAGGUUCACGUGCAAAUCCCAGCCCAAGCACAGAUGUCUCAAUGCCAGUCUCAAGUCCAAGUCCAGCAACAGGCACAGUCUCCCCAGGUUCAGGUGCAACCUCAUGGCCAGACUGCUCAGAUCCAAAUACAGCCCCAAGGUCAAGCAGGUCAGAUGCAGGUGCAGCUCCAGCCAGCUAUGCAGGCUCAGGGUGGUGAAGCAAAGCGCAUCACUCUGGUUCUUCAGCAAGGGGCAACUGCUGCAUCAGCGGGUCAAGCUGUUACUCCUCAGCAGCAGGUCACACAAGUCCAGCAAGUUCAAACAAGCCCCGUGAGGCAACAGCAGCAACCACAGGCCCCAGCUAGACUAGUGCUGGGUCAGCUUCCUGGUGGUAAACUUGUGCUGCAGGGAAGCCAGCUAGCUGCUCUGACCCAGGCUCGCGCUGCAGGACAGACUGGAGCUCAACCCAAAGUCCUUACUAUUCAACUCCAAGUACAGCAACAGCCAAACCAGCAGGGAGGAGUUAAGUACCAACUAGUUUCAGGAGCAGGAAAUACUGGCAGUCCACAAGUGAUGCAGAUAUCCCAAGGACAAGGAGGCCAAAGAGUUGCAGUACCGCUCAAAAUGCUUCUGCAGUCACAGGCAACCUCAGCUUCCUCAGCUGGUGGCACAGUCUCAGUGGUGAAGGUCAUCAACUCAUCACCUGCAGGUUCCUCCAGUACCACCACUACUCAAUCGCAGGCUAUCCGCAUUACUAAGGCCUCUGGCGAGCCUUCCUCUGUUCGACGCGUAGAGAUUCUGUGUAAACAAGAGAAGGCAAAUCGUAUUGUAGCUGAAGCUAUAGCCCGGGCUAAAGCACGAGGUGAGAAGAACCUGCCCAGAGUCCUAAAUCAGGAUGAGCUUCCAACCACACAGACCUCUCCUGAGAUGGGAGGUACAUUGACUGUGGUGUCAUCCACUAAGAAAAAGACCAGUGGUGGAGGCAGCAAGAAGAAGAGUCCUGUUACUGGAGGAGCAAUAAACAAAACUACUGGAGGGGCUGACAAAAAGAUCAAAGUGAAGACACCAGCUGGAGUAACAGGAGGAACAGUGAUACUUGGAACUGGGAACAAGAGCAAAAGCAAAACUAAAACAAACACUAUUACUCUAGUGGGAGCAAAGAAAAGAAAACGGAAUAUGUCUUCAGAUCACUCUGAUGGGGAGCUGAGCCCUGCCUCUCCCGCUCCUCUUGAGGAUGACAUGAUUAUGAAGAGGCGUUCUAAUCGUGUGGUGAAAAGGAAGAAGUACACUGAGGACUUGGAUAUUAAGAUAACGGAUGAUGAGGAUGAGCAGGAAGAUGUAGAUGUUACUACAACCGCAGCAGCUGUGGCCUCCAUCAGUGGAGGGACUGCAGCACAGCUUAAACAGGAACUGGAACAGGAUGGUGACGGACAGCCUAGCAUGCAAUUCUUCGUGGAAAACCCAAGUGAGGAAGAUGCUGCCAUUGUAGAUAAAGUUCUGUCUAUGCGGUUAACAAAGAAAGAAGUGUCCCCGGGCCAUUAUGUAAACAAUGAGGAAUUUUUUGUAAAAUACAAAAACUAUUCUUAUUUGCAUUGUGAGUGGGCAACAAUGGAUCAGCUGGAGAAGGAUAAAAGGAUCCAUCAAAAGAUAAAGAGGUUUAAGACCAAACAUGCACAAAUGAGACACAUCUUCCAGGAGGAUGAGGAGCCUUUCAACCCAGACUAUGUUGAGGUGGACAGGAUCCUAGAUGUGUCUCAUAGCGUGGACAAAGACAAUGGCGAGCCCAUCAUCUACUACUUGGUGAAGUGGUGCUCGUUGCCUUAUGAAGAUGCCACUUGGGAGCUAAAGGAGGACGUGGAUGAGGGCAAGGUUGAAGAGUUUAACAAGAUCCAAAACCGUCAACCUCGUCUGAAGAGAACACCUCGACCUGCACCUACUUCAUGGAAGAAGUUAGAGGAGACCAGAGAGUACAAAAAUGGAAACAUACUUCGAGAGUAUCAGCUUGAGGGAGUCAACUGGUUGCUCUUCAACUGGUACAACAGGCAGAACUGCAUCCUAGCAGAUGAGAUGGGUCUAGGCAAGACCAUACAGUCCAUUGCACUGCUGUCAGAGGUGUACUCAGCAGGUGUACAGGGCCCCUUCUUGGUCAUUGCCCCCCUCUCCACUAUCACCAAUUGGGAGAGAGAGUUCUCUACAUGGACUCAAAUGAAUGCUAUAGUGUAUCAUGGCAGCCUGGCUAGCCGACAGAUGAUCCAGCAGUAUGAAAUGUACUGCAAGGAUGAGAAGGAGCAUUUAAUCCCGGGUGCAUACAAGUUUGAUGCCCUCAUCACAACAUUUGAGAUGAUCUUGUCUGACUGCCCUGAGCUUAGAGAGAUCUCCUGGCGAUGUGUGAUCAUUGAUGAGGCUCAUCGCCUCAAGAAUCGAAACUGCAAGCUGUUGGACAGCUUGAAGAUGCUUGAUCUGGAGCACAAGGUGUUGUUGACCGGCACACCUCUGCAGAACACCGUAGAGGAACUCUUCAGUCUACUUCAUUUCCUGGAACCUGCUCAGUUCCCCUCUGAAACUGAAUUUCUCAGAGACUUUGGAGACCUUAAAACAGAAGAACAGGUUCAGAAGUUACAGGCAAUUUUGAAGCCCAUGAUGUUACGUAGGCUAAAAGAAGAUGUUGAGAAGAACUUGGCACCCAAACAGGAGACCAUCAUUGAGGUUGAGCUGACGGACAUCCAGAAGAAGUACUACCGAGCCAUCCUGGAAAGGAACUUCAGUUUCCUAAGUCUAGGGGCAAAUAGUAACAGCAAUGUCCCCAACCUGCUGAACACUAUGAUGGAGUUGCGAAAGUGCUGUAACCACCCCUACCUCAUCAAUGGUGCAGAGGAGAAGAUUGUGGCCGAAUUGCGGGAGGUGUAUGACCCCCUGGCUCCUGACUUCCAUUUGCAAGCUCUUAUUCGGUCAGCCGGCAAGCUGGUGCUACUGGAUAAGCUGCUGCCACGGCUCAAAGCCGGUGGCCACAAAGUGCUCAUCUUCUCUCAGAUGGUUCGCUGCUUAGACAUUCUCGAGGACUACCUCAUCAAUAAAAGAUACCUUUAUGAGCGAAUUGAUGGCAGAGUGCGUGGGAACUUGCGACAGACUGCUAUUGACCGCUUUAGUAAGCCUGACUCUGACCGCUUCGUCUUCCUGCUGUGUACACGAGCUGGGGGCCUUGGUAUUAACCUCACUGCUGCUGACACCUGUGUAAUAUUUGAUUCUGACUGGAACCCUCAAAAUGACUUGCAGGCCCAAGCACGAUGCCAUCGUAUUGGCCAGUCUAAGGCAGUCAAGGUCUACCGUCUGAUCACUAGGAACUCUUAUGAGAGGGAAAUGUUGGAUAAAGCAAGUCUAAAGCUUGGCCUGGACCGUGCUGUCCUGCAAAGCAUGAGUGGUAACAAAGACAGUAACGUCAAUGGGAUCCAGCAAUUUUCCAAGAAGGAAAUUGAAGACCUGCUGAGGAAGGGAGCCUACGCUGCUAUCAUGGAUGAGAAUGAUGAGGGUAGUCGGUUUUGUGAGGAGGACAUUGACCAGAUUCUAUCGCGAAGAGCCACCACCAUUACUAUAGAGAGUGAGGGCAAGGGUUCCACAUUCUCAAAAGCCAGCUUUGUUGCUUCUGAGAACCGCAAUGACAUUGCUCUUGACGACCCUGAAUUCUGGCAAAAGUGGGCCAAGAAAGCUGACAUAGACAUGGACUCUCUUAACCAGAAGAACACCCUUGUGAUCGACACUCCCAGAGUACGCAAGCAGACACGUCAGUACUCCAGUUUACGAGGUGAAGGUGGAGACCUGUCCGAUCUAGACAGUGAUGAUGAGUACCCACCUGCCAAUUCCAGACAGUCACGUGCCUCCCGGCGCUCCGACCGUCACAGUGGAGGAGGUUAUGGUCGUACAGACUGUUUCCGUGUAGAAAAGCACCUCCUUAUUUAUGGCUGGGGUCGUUGGAGAGAUAUUCUGACUCAUGCAAGAUGUAAGCGUCGACUCACUGAACGUGAUGUGGAGACAAUCUGCCGCGUCAUCCUCGUCUUUUGUCUGCUCCAUUACCGUGGAGAUGAGAACAUUAAGAGUUUUAUUUGGGAACUCAUUACACCUCCGGAGAAUGGACAUGAACCCCAAACAUUACUCAACCACUCUGGCCUGUCAAUCCCUGUGCCAAGAGGCAGAAAGGGUAAGAGGGUAAAGGCCCAGAGUACAUUUGAUAUUCAGAAGGUAGAGUGGAUCCGCAAGUACAACCCUGAUACACUGCUGCUGGAUGACAGCUACCGCAAACAUCUCAAACACCAAUGCAACAAAGUUUUGCUGAGGGUGCGCAUGCUGUACUACCUCAAACAGGAAGUGAUUGGUGAUCACGCCGACUCUGUCCUCAAAGGGGCUGAUAUCAGGGACAUUGACAUCUGGAUGCCCGAGAUGGAACAGCAGGAGUUUCCAGCAGGAUGGUGGGAUGCUGAUGCAGACCGGUCACUGCUUGCUGGUGUAUUCAAACAUGGCUAUGAAAUGUAUACCACUAUGCGCGCUGAUCCCUGCCUGUGCUUCCUGGAGAGAGCUGGUCGUCCUGAUGAUAAAGCUAUUGAUGCAGAGCAGCACACCGGUGAUGCUGAGCUGGGUGACGAUGCUGACUAUGACAAGUAUUCAGAGGACCCAGAGUUCAAACCUGUAUCGAGGCACAAGGAUCUUUUUGAAGAGCCUGACUCGAUGACUGUCGAUGAUGAGAUUUCUAUUGAAGAUAAGGCUGCACCAGUGGUCACAGAAAGCUCAUCAAGCCAAAGCGGUGUAUGUGACUGGCCUUCUAGCUCAUUACUUACUGCACGGUUGCGACGGCUAAUUACAGCUUACCAGCGAAGCUACAGACAAGAGCAACUGAAGAUCGAAGCUGAGGCAAAAGGUGACCGCAGGCGCAGGCGGUGCGAACAGGCCAGCAAACUGAAGGAGAUUGCGCGGCAGGAGCGCCAGCAGAGGUGGACACGCAGAGAGGAGUGUGACUUCUACCGUGUAGUAUCAACGUUUGGUGUGGAAAUGAUGAAAAGAAACCCACUUCUUCCUGAGGGUGGAGAGCCUGAUUUUGACUGGACCCGCUUCCGUACUUUUGCUCGUUUGGAUAAAAAAACUGAUGAGAGCCUCAGUCGAUACUUCCUGUCUUUUGUUGCAAUGUGUCGAAGGGUAUGCCACCUUCGACCAGGUCAUGGUGAAGGUCCAUCAGAGGUUUCACAGACUGUGGCCCCCAUCACAGAGGAGCGUGCUUCCCGCACCCUUUACCGUAUUAGCCUCCUGCGUCGUCUCCGUGAGCGAGUGCUGCCCCAUCCCUCCCUUGAAGAACGUCUGCUAAUGGCCCCACCCAGCUCUGAGCUUCCUGCUUGGUGGAGUAUUCCAGAACAUGAUCGCCAUCUGAUGCUUGGUGCUGCCCUGCAUGGUGUCAGCCGCACUGAGCUCUCUAUUUAUGCAGACCCACAGUUUACCUUUAGUCAGGCACGUGAAGAGUUCAUCCAGAACCAGCAGGCCCCUCCACCUCAAGCCCCACCCAUCAUGCCACUCAGCCAACCUAAAACUGAGGAUAUGGCUGGAGUAAAGGAGGAAGAUCUUGAUGAGGAUGCUCAGCUGUUUGGUGGUGAAAUCAGAGCUGAAGUGCAGAGUACCCCUUUAACUCACCAUGAUGGCAAAGUGCAAGGCUGGAGCUUUAAGAGAAAUAGAGUGAAAGGAGGGAGGAAGGCAGAAGGAGGGUCUGACUCAGAUUCAGAUUCAGAUUCAGGGUCUUCGUCCUCCGAGCGAUCAGGCAGCAGUGAUGACAGCGGUGAGAGUGAGGAAGAGGUGGAAAGAGCAGCCAUAAAGGUGCAUGAUGUGGAUGAAGAUAAUAGUUUACUUUCAAUGACUCCAUCUCAGGAUUGUAUUCCACCUCCUGAUCCUCUCCGAGUUGACUGGCCCAAGGACCGGAUAUUGAUAAAUCGUUUGGAGAGCUUGUGUACGCUUGCAUUGACGGGGCAGUGGCCCUCAGGGCGGCGCUACGUGCCUGAGGCUCAGCUCAACCCUAGCUCCGAGUUGGCAGGAGACAAGCUGGCCUACACAAGGAUGAUCCGUAAACCCAGCAGCAUGUCUGCUGGCACCGUAGCAGAUGGCGAGGAUGGAGAGUUUACUGUCAAACUCCUCAAGGAGGAAGGGCUAAAGCUGACUUUCUCAAAGCAAGCUCUGAUACCCAAUGGGUCAGGGGGAGAGAGCAGUGGCCGCAAGAGACAUAAGGAACAAGAGUUUUUGGACCCAGAUGGACUUGAUCCUCUGGAGCGUACUCCUAGGCGCAGGGACCCUCCCAUCUGGCUAAAAGAAAACCCAGAUUAUGAGGUUGAGGGAGACAUGCUAGAGCUUCUUGUAAACCGGAGCAAGAGGAAGAGGAGGAGGCGAGCAGAUAAAGCUCUGACAGGCAGCGAGAAGGUGAAGCUCAUCAACAUGAGGACUGGAAAAAAGGUCGGAGCUGCCUUUUGUCCAAUGCUGCAAGAUUUGAGGGAUUAUUUGGAGGAGAAUCCUGAUCAUGCUGUAGCACCUGACUGGUCUGAAACUGUUCGUAAAUCCGGCUUCCUCCCCGAGACCUUCUUCCACCGACUACUAACUGAGCACUCUGAGAUCCCCAAGAAAAGUCGACGACGCCAUCAUCACUACCACCACCACCACCACACUCCUGAGUCCACCCCUGAAAAUCCCAUCGUGGAUGGAGUUGAAGAAGAGACUCUGGUCUCAGACGGAGCAUACAUGAUGGAUGAGGAGGACCUGGAAACCUCUCAUCACUUCCUCACAAAUCCAGACUUUGACGUUAAAAUAGAAGGUGGUGACGGUCUUUCCCAAGCUGACUACGACAGCUCGGAUCAAGGGGCACUAUUGGACGAUGUCAUCAUAGCUCAGAAGGAGUCUUCAUCAUCAGGCUCAGAGGACUGACCGAACCCCACUUCCCGAACACAUCCAACUUUGUCCCUGUCUCAGAAAUAAAUCAUGUUAUUUCUCAUCAUUUAUUUUUACCAUAUUAUGUAUCAAAUUAUGAAUAACUUGUUUUUUUUAUCUUUUUGCUUAUUUUGUAUAGGCUUUGUUUUCAACAUAGGAGCAGGUUUGCACCCAACUGUUUUCUUUUUCAUUACUGAGACUUAUUCCUCCUUUCUCUCCUCCAGCUUCCUCUAACCUCUGACAACAUGGCAAAAAAGCAGAUUUUUCUUACUCUCUUCUUUACUCGUCAUUCUCCUCUUCCUCCAAACUUGUGAAUUCCCAUCACAUUCCCAGCCGUGACCAAAAGGGGACUCCUGCUGUACAGAUUUUUUUAAUCGAAUAUCCUCAAUGCUGGUCCUAUAGUGCUAUAUAAAACUGGACAUGUGUACUGAGCAGAGCCUGGAUCCAAAUCAUAUCUUGUUUGGUCAUUUUGUGUCCAGUUGAGCCUGUAAACUAAAGCGGGAUCCAGUUUGUGGAUGUACUGUUAUCGUUUUCACUCUGUGGGGAGGGGUUUUAGGGAGGAAGAGGAAAAGGGGGGGGCAUAUUAGUUACUGAAACAGUGCUAGGAGGAUGGGCUUACUGUAGCUGGUCAGUUGUGUAUUAUGGUGCAAAGGUGACAGCAAUGAGUUACUAUUGUUUUAUGAUCUGACUGUAUCUGUGAUAUGAAUAACAGCAAUCUACAAUGAAA